AUGGGGCGGACGGGGCUCCGGCGAGUCACCGAAGAGGCGGCGGCUGGCGUUGGGAUGAAGGGCAGCGGCCCCGUGGGCACCGACGGCCGUGGUCGCAGCCGGAGCAGGGCGGCACGGGGGCGGGGCGUCCAGGCGGUGGUGGACGAGGGCGCGCGGGAGCGCGGCCACGCACGCGCUGGGCGCGGCGGGGGGAACGGCGCCGGCGACAGAAAGGGGAAGGGAGGAACCGGGGCUCACUGUGGGAUGCAGGGAUCGGGGCAGUGGGCUCGGGGAGGAGGACGACGAAGGGGCGGCGUCCGGGUCGCCGGCGACGAGUGCGGCGAGACGACGGGGUCGAUGGCGCGGCGCAGGAACGACGGCCUCGGCACGGGACGAGGAGGAGGCCGAGGCACGCGGGGCGAUGGCGGCGUCGGCGGAGACCUCAGGCAGCGGUGGUCGGCGACGGGGUCUCCGGGCGGCGGCGGGAUCGAGGCGGUGAGCGCUGGGGCGCUCCCGAUCCAGAUCGCGCAGGGGGGGAGGGGAAAGGGGGUCGCUCCCCCGAUCCAGAAACGGGGCGGGGAGAGGGAGGAGUGGGGGAGAGUGGGGUGGUUAGGGUUUCUGGGAAGUGGGGGGUAG